AUGUCCUCCCUCGCACAUACAGUUGAAACGCAGGCAUCUCACCCCCAAGAUGACGGAACGUCUAACGGGCGCUCAAUACAGUUGCUUCCCGCGGAGCUGCUGGUAGAGAUAUUUCUCUGCGUCAACGCUAUGACCAUGACUGCCCUCGUCGAAGAUGCCGAAUGGAACGACUUUCGACCCGAGAAUCCUGCCCCUUCGUCCGCCUUCACUGAGGGUCCACCACCGUGUUGGUAUCUGAGCCACGUGUGCCAACGAUGGAGGCAACUCGCGAUCCAAUGUUCUGCGCUGUGGUCGAACCUCCCUCGGCGUAGCCCGGAAUGGUCAAGGAUAUGCCUCGAGCGCUGUGCUAAGGCUCCUGUGCAUCUAUGCAUCGAAGCUUGGGCUGGAACGAAGCUUUACGACGAAUUUGAUCAAAGCCACAUGUACCCUUUCAUCACGCGUGCGCACACAAUCCGGAUGGACUAUAUACGCAGGGGAGGCCUAUUGGGCUGGAAUACCUGGCCGGAUGACAGGAGGAUGAUGGAUAUACUCCAAGCCCUUACGCUUCACGGGACACCAGACCUGCGUAUCCUGGAGCUUAAACAUAGGCUAGACGGAUCACAUCGGGUACGGACCCCGAUGGCAUUACCUGACCUGAAUCACGGUCAGACGCUCAGCAAGUUACACACCAUCUUACUCGAAGGGUUCACCCUGCCUCGAGAUGUGCCCACGGAUGCGCUCUUCUCAUCCAGCAUCACCAGCCUCGGGCUGGCGAACUGUCUUAUGUGGCGCAACCUUGAUGAGAUGACCCAGGUCCUGCUCGCCAUGCCCUUUCUCGAGGAUUUGACAUACAUCAACUUCGAGAUGUCCACCCGUCCACUCACCCCACUGCCGCCGACCUCAUCGCUGCGCAGCAUAUCUUUACCGCGUAUCAAUCACCUCGACCUCGAGGCUGAUGCUCAAGAAGUCGCGUCCAUCUUCGCGCUCUUGGAGAUACCUACGGGUCCAGACGUCUGGCUUAUGAUCAUGCACACAGACUACACCGAGAUGCACAUUCAGGAAGGGGGUCCUUCUGGCAUUGGACCGUAUAUGGAUCUUGCAGCAUCGGCUGUACAAGCGCACUUCUCAGCCAUGCCGGACAAGGCUUUCAUCUAUCCACGCGUAGGGCUCUUCUACAACUGGAUCAACGGAUACCUCUCAGACUCGGACGAAGAGUCUACUGUAUCCGUGCAGAUGCCAUACACAGGUCCUCACGAAGCGCGGGUCGCCUCGUUCCUAACAUACUUCCAGCUCCCCGUAUUCAGCCGAACGACGAGACUGCACAUCGAGAACAUGCUAGACGGGUUCUCCGUGGCGGAACUGGCGUGCCACUUCAUGGAAGUCCGCGAUCUUCAACUUCAUAACGAAGCUGCCGUCGUCUUCUGGGGCGGGCUCACCGGUACCGCAGUCAAUGACUCGCAGCCAGCAAGUGAGCCUUGCAAGCCGUUCCCUGCGCUCGCGCGGAUCCGUAUCGCGGGCUUCGACUUCGUCAAGUGGCCCGGGACGUGCGUAGACGAGACGAAUGUUCCGCAUGAUUUUGCGGCUCUGCUGGCGGAGGCGUUAUGUGUGGCGUAUACCCCACUCGAGACGUUCGAGCACGUUGCUUUUACGGGAUGCACGAUGAGGGAGGAUGAUGGAGGGUUGUUCGAGCAGAUGUUGGGUGUUGAGCGUGUACGCAUCGAAGACGUGGGGACACUUGCAGCGACAUGA